GUAUUUGAAUCACGGAAAGGUCGUUAUUUAAGCGACUUGUUUUGAGUUGGACAAGGAACACUCAGCAAGGCUAAACAGCGCUUUUUAAGCGUUUAUAUUUUAUUUGAGCGUCAUUUAUUAACCCGAGAGGGAGAUCCAGUAUGGAAACGCACGCUUUGCACAAUGCAGACAACCCUGUUUUCAUCAGUGGCAAAGCCGGGCCUGUAAAUGGUGGAGCGAAAAGGGCAGUGUUUUGUGAACUGUCCAACUUUGCCCACAAACCUUCUCAGGCCAAGAAAGUUAAACCUGUACUACCUAUGAAACCAUCUGUUAAGCCAGCUGUUGUGCGACCUAAGCGUGCCCAGGUCCCCCACCCUGCUCCAGCUUUCCCCCCAGCUCGAGCUGAUGUCAGCGUGAAGGAAGAGGAGCUCUGCCAAGCCUUUUCCAAUAGCCUUUUUCCAGUUGAAGAUAUUGAUGAAGGUGAUGCUGACAUGCCUCAGUUGUGUUCUGAAUAUGUGAAGGACAUCUAUGUGUAUCUGCGGCGCCUUGAGGCUCAACAGUCGAUCCGUCCCCGUUAUAUGCAUGGUUACGAUAUCAAUGGACGAAUGCGAGCACUUCUGGUUGACUGGCUGAUUCAGGUGCACUCAAGAUUUCAGCUACUGCAGGAAACCCUUUACAUGACUGUUGCCAUCCUUGAUCGUUUUCUCCAGGUUCAACCAGUGACCCGCAAGAAGCUCCAGCUAGUGGGUGUUACUGCAAUGCUGAUUGCUUGUAAAUAUGAGGAAAGGCAUGUGCCAAUGGUUGGGGACUUUGUCUACAUCGCUGACGAUGCCUUCACAAAAGCCCAGAUUCGAGAGAUGGAGAUGUUGAUUCUAAGUGAACUGAACUUUGAAUUUGGACGACCUUUGCCCCUGCACUUUCUACGGAGGGCUUCAAAGGCGGGAAAUGCUGAUGCUGAGAAACACACUCUUGCUAAAUAUUUUCUGGAGCUGACGCUUCUUGACUAUGACAUGGUGCACUAUCUCCCUUCUGAAACUGCAGCUGCUGCUCUCUGCCUCUCUCAACUUGUGCUUGAUGGGCAGAAAUGGUCAUCAACCCAACAACACUACUCCUCGUAUGAUGAGGCCCACUUGAAGCCGAUCAUGCAGCACAUUGCCAAAAAUGUUAUUAAUAUCAGUGAGGGACUCUCCAAGCAUGUGACUGUGAGGAAAAAGUAUUCAAGCAGUAAGCUCAUGAAGAUCUGCCUCAUUCCCCAGUUGAAGUCUUCACUUGUAAAGGAUCUGGCUGCACCAUUGUUCUCUGGUUCUUGAGGAUUGUUUUAUUCCCCCAUUUAUUUUAUUUUUUAGAAUGGGAAUGGACCAUAAACCUGCACUUUAUGCAUCAGUCAGCUAUUUUGGGAGAUGGACUGCUGUUUUUAGACUGUACAUACUCUUGAAAUAUCUGUAUACUAAAUGUUGUUUCUACUUUUUAUAAAGAUUAAGUUUUAAGAUGAGGGUUUAACUUGGGUUUUACUGUUUCAUUUUAGAAAAAUGCUGGUGCUGUAUUUUUAUGCUUUAAAUUUGGUGCUAUGUGGGCAACUUGAAGAUGAAAUGCUAAAGUCUAAAGAUCUCAAAGUUAUGUCA